UGCAGAGCUCCAAUUCCCAGAGCACCUGCCUCUUCUUCCUGCUCUGAAAGCUGCCUUUUGACUCCACCUCCAUGCAAUGGGCUCACUCAGACUGCAGAUGAAGGGUGGGAGCCACCACAGCCUAAAGGGAGACUGAUGGUUUGAGUUUGGUUGAGUUUCAUGCCCAAAGGAGACUGAUGGUGCUUUCUCCAUAGGUAUGAAGAGGCGGGGGAGGGGGACCCAGAAGGGGAUCUGCUUCUGUUACUUCAUCUAGAACCAACAAUAUCAAUAUUACGAAUUCAAGGGCCUGAUUUUCUGAAGUGCACCUUCCACAAACUGAAAAAUCAAGCCCUGUUUCUUAACCCCACAUUGAAGAUUUUGUACCAAAUUGAUGUACCUCCGCUGAAGACUGUAGAACGGGUUCUCAAACUGGGGCUCAGGACUCCUCAGGGGGUCAUGAGGUUAUUACAUGGGGAGUUGCAAGCUGUCAGCCUCCACCCUGCACCCCACUUUGCUUCCAGCAUUUAUAAUGGUGUUAAAUAUAUUAAAAAGUGUUUUUAAUUUAUAAGGGGAGGGAGGCCGCACUCAGAGGCUUGCUAUGUGAAAGCGGUCACCAGUACAAAAGUUUGAGAACCACUGCUGUAGAACAAUGUUGACUUACAGUACAUGACAAUCUUGCCCCUUGUCUCAAAAACUGUAGUUAGGUCUGAUGAGUGACUAAAUGGAUUCAGAAGUGCAUAGAUUUGGGGAGGAAUUUCUGUAUGUAGUGCGCAGGGACUCAGGGCUGUAGCUUGCCUCCCAGAAUAGAGACCUCUUGGUCAUCCAUUGAUUACCACUAUACCUAUGAUCUUUAAGUGCAUGCAGAAACUUAUCUGCAGAUCAAUAAUUCACAAGUUUCACUUUGCUCACAUGGAGAUUGUGGUUGUCCCAUGCUCUCAGACAAUGUAUUUCCUAGCUAGUUGCUAUAAAAAUGUUUAGAAUUGGGUUCAAAAGCUAGGGGGAAAAGAGGAAGGGCAUGUGCAAAUAGAAUUCAAGGAAUUCCUCUUGAUCAAGGAAAUCUACUUAAAAGUUGUGAGAUAACUAGAUUACAUGGUCCAUUUUUAAUUUCCAUUGUAUUAGCUGGCAUGCAAGACCACUAAGGCAACAGAAUUUUAUAUACUGAUGUAGUCUUCAUUUAAAAAAAGACAGUAGCUUCUUCAAUCUGUAUUAUAUUAACUAUGUAUUUAUCUUUUGGAUUCCAUAGGACUACUCCCAUGAAUAGUUACUCAGGCGCGUGUUUGCAGGAUUGAGCCGUUUAUUGAAUAUUAUAGAUACUGCCACCAGCUCUCCCUACAGUUUAGGUUGCUUGAUGCUUUCAUUAUAAGAACUGGUUCUCUUUGCUUAUAACUUUGCCAAACUUUAACCAUUGUGGCUGAAAUUUUCCAGUGCUGCCCCUAGGCUGAAUUGUUUUGGAAUGUUUCAGGAAAAAGGGUUUCAGUCAUUUCUAAGAAUGAGAUUAGAGAAAAAUACGUUUUGCCCAUGUGAAAAAGAUUCUUAACCUUUUAGUUGAGAAGCGCUAGCACCUUCAUGCUUUGGAGCAGGGACUUGAAAUUUGACAGUGGCUUGCCUUUGUGUUAAGGAUGGACCUUUUAGGCAGUUUUUCCACAGGAAUUAGGCCAAGUUAUGAGCCUUUGAAAAAGUUUCAGUUUACACUUGGUCAGCAGAGAUUUGUCAGAAGUUAGCAGCUAAAUUCUCUGAAAAUCCUAUCUGCCCUGAGCAUGCUCCAGCCUGCAGCUGUAAGGUCUGAGCGGAACUUUCCCUGUAAAUCGCCCAUGGUGGCUGCUGUGGCACUGGGCACCACAACAGAGAGCAGGGAGACUCUCUCCUGUGCUCAGUGCUCCCCCUGCUGGCAUCCAGGGAGCAUGGAGAAGGAAUACAGAGGGGACAAAGAGAUGGACUUGAGGGGAGACGGGGUGGGAUGGGAUGAGGUGGGAGUGAAAUGGCAGGAGUAGACUGCCACUGGGAUAAGGCAGGGGACUGGGACAAGGAGUCUGGGUGGUGGUGAAAGGGGGUGUGAAACUGGGAGCUGGUGUGGGAGCACAGCAGAGAAUGAGAUUGGCUGGGAAAGGAGAUUGGGUCAAGAAUCGUGUGGGGGAAGGAGGAACAGAAAAAGUAGAGUUUGGACUGUGCUCUAGGGCUCAGUCGGGGUUGUGUAGUGAAGAAGACUGUUGUCUGUAGGAUCCCUACCUCAUUUGUUGCAGAAGUUAGAAGGUGUGUAGUGAAUGAAUCAGGGGACUGCAAGAAGAAAAAGGUAAUCAUAUUUAAAAGCAGUUAAAUGCUGCCCUGGAGAAUUUGUUUCUAUCUCUACUCUGCCACAGAGUUCCUGUGUGAUGCUACUCAAGCCACUUAAACCAACAACUUACAAGUGACCACUAAUUGUGUUCUCCUCAUUUUCUUGGUACUCGAGGCCCUGGGAUCUGGUUUGCACAAGUACUGAGUAUUCACAACUGCUAAUGAAGUCAAAAUGUGCUCUGAACAUAAAGUGCCAUAAUAUUAAAUAAUCUGAAAGAUUAGGUCCUAGGCAUCUCAAAUUGGGCACCUAAAAUUAGCGGGCACUUUUGCCCUUAAUCUCUCUGGGACAGAUUCACAAAGAGGACUUAGGAGUUGGUGUUACAAUGCCUAUGUGUCCCAGGGGUUUUCCAAGCCCCAAGUUAGGCAGCCGAGAUCCCCAGGCAUUAUAUAGGAAAAGGAUUCACAGAAGCCAUCCUACUGAGCAGGAAGCCACUUAAACUAGCCAGGAGCGAAACAUACAGGAAGAAGCAGGGUUUAGGGCCGUAGGCAUCUAAUUGACAGGCUGGAAGCAGACGCCUCCCUCUGACGUGAACACUCUCCUGUAGUUAGGUGCCUAAAUCAGGUCGGCACUUUCACAUGAUAGACCUGGAGAGAGACCCCAAUCUAUGAUAGCCAAUAGCUCCAUGUGAGUUCCAUAACCACAGGAGGUGGGGGAUCUGGGUUCAAAGCAGGCAGAUAGGGAAUUAAAGCCUAGCUCUCCUGCAUCUCAGGUGAAUGCCCUAACCAAUGGGCUAUUGGGUAUAAUGGAAAACUGAUGGAAGGACAUCUCAACCACAGCAGUCUUUUUUGUGUGGGUUAGGAGUGCUUUGAGCACACCUACUGGAUUGGGCCCUGUAAGAAAGGGAACACCUAUCUUGAGAAUCCCAUUGGGAUUUAGGCCUGAGCUAGCAUGUUAAGCAGCUUGUCAUCAUCAGGACUUCAGUGGUUUUGCACAUGCCUGCUGACAAAAAGACACCUCCAAGAUUAGGCAUCCAUAGUUUUAGUGAAUAUCAGUGAUGCCUAAAUGUUGGACUUAGGCACCAAAGUCCCUUUGUGAAUCGAGGCCUCUGGGCCUCAGUUCUCGCUCUAUGAUAUGGUGUAAUGGGGUCCUUGGGUGGCCUACUGGUUAGCAUCCACUCAGUCACGGGGUAGUGGUAGGGGAGUCCAGGCCCACCCACGGCCCUAGGAAGGUCAGCCGUGUUUGGCCUCUGGGAUGGGUCCUCUGAGUUACCUUCCCUGGGUCACUUCCUACCACCGCUUCCUUCCCUCAGUUUCUGGUCCCAGACAAGGAGAAAAGAAAAAGGAAACCAAACUGCCAGCCCCUGCUGGGCUCCACAUUCUAAUCCUGUUCCGUCACGGAGGCUUCUCCAGUUCUCAGAAGCCUUCAGGAUAGGUCUGCACUCCUCCACAGCCUCCUGCUUCUGAACUGGGUUCCUUCCUUUUCAACCCUGUCUUCAGUUGGAAUGUGCUCUGCAGGCUUGGAGGGGUGGGGCUAGCUGGCCCAGUAUAGUCCUCUACCCCCUUCUUUCACAAUGUGGGGUUUGUGUACCCCAUUACAAAUGGGGAUAAUAUCACUUCACUAGGGUGUUAUGAAAAUAAAUUCAUUAAUGUCUGUGACGCACUUAGAUACGAUCCUGAAGAGUGCCACAGGAAAGCCUGUGAGGAAAUAAUUAUUUACCCCAGGAUUUGAAUCCUGUGCAGGGAAGAAAGCAUGGGGCCACACACACUGAACAAUGAUAAAAUAAAAUACUGAACAACUGCUCAGUCACUGAGCACCAUCCACCCCGUGCACUGAAUGUGGGGGUGGUUCUGUGGAAGAGAAUGUGUGUAUGAUCAUAUAAUGCAUAUACACAAGGGGAGUGAAUUAAGAAUCUUAAUUCUGCCAUUUCCUAACCUUCAUGCACUUGACUUUGAAACCUUAACAUUCUUCCAAGUUAAUGUGUGUGUGUGUUUUUUUUGAUCAUCUAUUUUUGAUGUUUAGUCACCCCUUCCAGGUCAUAGGCUUAAAUUUUUAAUGUAAAAAGAAAGUUAUUUUGAUAAUAGCUAGCUCUUAUAUAGUGCUUUUUAUCAGUAGACCUAAAAGUGCUUUUCAAUGAUGGUCAGUAUCACCAUCCCCAUUUUUCAGAUUGGGAAAUUGAGGCAUAGAGAGGCCUGCUGGCUGACAGCAGGCCAGUGGCAGGUAUAGAACCCAGGUCUCCUGAGUACCAGACAAGGGCUCUGUCCACUAUGACACAUAAUAUGCCGCUCAGAAUUGUUCUUACAAAACACAUAACAAAGAACUUGGUUUCAGCGAUAGCAAAAUUUUGAAAUAAGAAACUGCUUUUGGAAAUAUAUAUGUAUAUUUCAUCCCAGGGACAGACUGUACUCCAGAAUAUCUGAAGACAGUGCUUCCUAAUGGAAGUCUCCCCUGAACUACUGUACAGUCUUGCAAGCUUGACAUUAAAAAUAUUGAAUAAAUAUAUCUGAUUAUGACCACAGGGCCUGAUUUGCAGAAGUGCUAAACACCACUAAGUCCAAAUAAAGGCAAUGGGAGCUAUAAGGUCUGGUGGUAUGGAGGGAAAGUCUGACCCACAAUAUCUUAAAGUUAAGAUGGUGAGUGAAGAAUGAGCCCAGACUGUUUGAAAUGUAUAUACUAGAACAAAACCUUCAUGGGGUUCAUCCAGAGACAAGCAUAUUUCACUCUUAUGGUCUUACGAGAAAUUUGUAGCAUUAAAGAAUUCUCAUUUGUAAACUAAUUAAUAAAUUAGAGUAAUCUGAUCAAGGAUGAAAUAACACUAAAAGCAGUUUCAUCUAGAGAAAGACCGUACUUUUCAAUUCAAACUUGCCAAAAAACUACUUCACAGUUCUAUUUGCAUCAUGACAUAUACUACAGGUAAGUCCCUGUGUAGUCUGAUUUGGGGGCACACACUUUGCUACCAGAAAGCUGUAUUCCAGAAUCUAAGUUACGACAUUUACAAUUGCAAAGCCUUAAGAACAUGAAUCAAGCAUGAACACAUGAACCCUGCAGAACCUGGGACAACUAAGCGCAUCACCAAAUAUACUCAGACCUACCCUUUCUUCCAAUCCCUCCACCAGCCUGCCUCUUCAGCAGAACUGAAACAAGGUGUACCAACUCCCGAACAACUUCUCCACUAGACCUGCCUGGGAGUGAACAAUUGCUCCUUAGCUCUGUGCACAGGGCUGGGGAGAAAAACAGGAUUCCUCCUGUCCCUGCGCUCCAGUUGCCUCCUGGACCUGUUUAUACCCACCAUUCUCAAGCAAGAAUCCUAAGGAAGACACCCCCGGGCUCAAAACUCAGAAAUAACAGGAGCUCUGUUUCUCUGGGGCUGAUAAACACCAGUAAAGUAUCUGGAGAAGAGCAUGCCCAUGUGCUCCUCCCAGAGCAAUGCAAGAGUGAUGCCAUCAUGCUAGUGCACAAAAGAGGAUCUGAAACUGACUAUACAUGAAGUGCUAUCAAACGUGAAAAGUGUACCUCAAAUAAAGAAAAAUACGUUUUCCACCAGCUUCUUUCAGUUUUGGUAAUCUUAAGUGUAACUUGUAACUAUAGUAAGUACAAUGUUUUCAGACAGUGUGAUAUUGAGGUAGUGUCCCUUUAAUAUCUGACCACUGAAUAAAUUUGAGAUUUUUCCUCUAGCUGAAAAUAAUUAUACAUGUACUACCACAUUAUUCAGGUAAAUACAGCAGCCUGCUAAGCAUCUCCAGUGAAGCCUUGCUCACCUGCUAAUACCUAAUAUAUAUUAUGUAGCCUAACAGUCAAUAGCUUAAAAAGUCAUAAUUUAAAAAAAUAAUUAAUUGCCCUUCAGUAACCAUACAGUGACACUAUUUUAAGCAUUUCCAUCAGCUUGAACAAGGGGACUGGACUAGUUAGGUCAAUUUUGUUAAACUGACUUCUUGUCAGAUUUGCUUUCAGGUUUCCAUUAACUAGCAGUUUUCUCAACUGUUUUCAUAGUAUGGAUUGGGCUGAAACUCAUCAAUUGUCUCAUUUGUGAUUAUAGGAAUCACUUCCCUUUUCAUUUACAAUUACAUAAAAUCCCUCUGCUAACCAAAGCAACUGCUUAUUCAGAGAACAUUUCAUGCAUUUUAGCUAUCUUUUACUGAUGUUUAAUAGGUGGAAAUAAGAAAGAUGAACCAGCAUCACGUGACCAACAAAUGUUUCAUGGACUACUAGUGGAAAACUGGACAAUCCACAAUCUUGAGAUCUUUUACACUAGCAUGAUAUUGGAACAUCUGAACUUCAAACACUAUAGGGGAAAAUGUUUGUUAGUUUUUUAAAAAAUUCCAGUGGACUUUUUUUUUCCCCAAAUGACAUAACAUUUUAUUGGUCUUUAGUUUUGUGAAAAUUUUCUAAAUAAAAAAAUGAAUAACCCUUAAAUUUGGCUCAAAGCAUAACGCAAUAAUCUUCUUUUAACAUUCAGCAGAAACACAUUCAGCAACAUGGAAUUUAGUCCAGUUUCAUAUUUCAAUUCAACUUUCACACACACAAGAAAUUAGUCCCCCAUACAGCACUGUACAGUACUAGCAUUAAAUUUAAUUACAGCUGUCAUGGCUGCAGAAAGAUUACUACUACCACCAACCAAUUCAUACCGACUCAGGUGUAAUCAAAAGCAAUGCUUUCACAGUGGCUAGUCAUGCUUAUGUUAGAGAUUAAGCAAAUGAAUUGACUGUAAGCAACUCAGUAUUUCUUUUAAGAAUUGUACCAGUUUGCCAUCCCAUAUGCAAAUCUCUGAAUUCUACUGUUCCCCAGAUAUAUCUACCACUUUCACAUCAUUCAGAGCCCCAGAUUUAAUAUCUUUGCAUUACAGGUAUGGUAGUCUUGAAUUUACUUACUGCAAGUACUUUUGCUUUGAUUGUGUUAUACAUAAAAGUUGUUUUUUUAAAAAGUCUGAACAUUUUGUACCUACUAUUUAAUAGUAAGUACAUAUUGUUACAUAUAACAACUAAGAAUUUUUUUUAAAAAAUUUACUUGCAUGCAACAAGACUUCAUAUAUAGUGAGUUUUUCCUUUUAUUUGGGGGGGGGGGAGGAGGAGGAAGAAUUCUACACAGUAACACCACAAUGAAAAAUGAGUUUUUUAAAAAACAAGAAAGUAGAAAACAGAUUAGGAGAAUUUAGGAAGUGUAAUUCCUGAAUUUACUUAAACCAAGGUUUUCAAAUUGACUAGUUUUGAGAUGAUGGUAUUUGUUAUUGAGAUUAUUUUAAAGGGUCAAUUCUGCAAACCAGUACUUACGUGAAGAGUCCUUCACCACCUUCACCUUACUCAUGAGUAAGAAUUUGCAGACCUGCCAUAAUAUUGCAGGUUCUUUUCCACUUUAAAUAUGAUAAAACAAGCAUGGUACAUUAAAAUUGAGUAUAUGCUUAAGAGCCCCUAUUUUUUUAAAUAGGAUAAUAUUGCAUAGUUCAAGUAAAGAUAUUUAUCAAUGAUUUGCACGUCUUUAGUAACAUCUUCUUUAAAACAGCCAGUACUCUAAAGUGUAAUAAAGAAUUAAAAAGCAUUAAAUAGUAAGGAGGGGGGAAGGAAAAAUGGCAGGUAUUCUAUACUUUUGCUGAGUAAAUACCCCUUGUUAGAAAGUGUACACUUUUCAGUAAUUGUGAGCUAUGCAAACAUAGAAGUCUUGAAGUUAAUUAAUGCCAACACUUCUACAUGUGUUGUUACUAAAAAUGCUUGAAAUAUAUAUGACUGUCAUGUGAAGUGUCUGACUAUUUCUCCUCUAGCCAAAUGCUCAACCCACAAUUAUGGUUACAGUAUUCCUUUCCAAGAUAUUUCAUCCUAUACUGCACAGUACUGUGUGCACAACUUAAGAAACGUACUAUAUAACUGUCCUCUCUAGCCCAUGUAGUAGACUGCAAUUACCAAAAAAUACUAGCUGAGAAAUACACUAGCACCUCAAUUUCAAGAAUUUACAAAAUUACUGAGUUAGUAGUUCCUAUCAACAUUUGGCUAGCAAAAUUACGUUUCUGAUUAGCAGUAACUAACAUUUCCAAGCAGCGAGAGUAGCAAAAACAAGGAUGAAAGGGGCCAGUGAGAAGAGCUGAACAACAUUUCACCCUCCAGAAAGGAGAAACACAGUAGUGGCAUGCUAACAGUGCAGCUGUGGCCUGGCCUGUAGAGAGCAGCAGUUGGACAAACAGGUUGCAAGCAUAACAUAGUGCUGUAGUGGAGAGUCAGACAAAAUGACUAAUAGGAACUAUGAUGUAGAGCAGUGGGGAUUUUGUUUCACAAUUAGACUUGUCUUCCCCUCCCCCGACACACACACACUUUUAAACUUUUACAGUGUAAAUAAUCCUAGAUCAAUCAUUAAAUCUGCAUGAUCUACAAGAACACUGAUUCCACAGAUAAUACUAACAUAAAAAAAUUAAUCAACUGCCCUGUACAUGUUAGUUUUACAUAUAAUCUAAACAAUUUUCGUAGUUUAGGUUUUAUUUUACAUUUUAUACCAAGUUACAGUUAUAGGAACCAUACAAUAAUAAUGAAGGGAAGCUACAGUUAAGGCAGUGGUAUUUUGUUCUGACUUUUUAACGUCACACAAUGAGAUAUUUCAUAACCUUUGAACACCACGCAUUUCAAGCACUUGCUGUAUAUUUAGAAUUCCAAUUUAAAAAAAAGAAACGUUCUACGAUCAGUAAGACAGCAUCUGCCUUUCAGAACCACGAACAAUGCACCAGGACAAAAGUCACCUUUAGAGAAAUUGGGUAAAAUCUUAAUUUAAUUUAAUUCCUACUCCACCCAUCCCCCACCGUUUACUCCGAAGGAAGGUACACUUUUACCACAAGAAAUAAAAAGCAUUGCAAUAUUACAAACAUUAGUUACAAAACCAUAUUAAAUGGAACCUAGCUAUAUCAAAUUAAAGACCAAACCACUGUUUAAAUUUAAAACAACAUGUUGUUAAGAUGGCAGAGUCACGGGUUAGAGUCUAACACAGACAUUUUGUACCUUGCUGUUAGCUAAUGUAAACUGAAGCAUCAGCCUAAUAGGCCGAUUCCAAAGGCACGCACUAAAAUGAAGCAAACCGUAAUUAAGUGCUGAAAUUGACCUAAUUAACUACACUAAGAACCUAGAUCUUCCUACAGCUCCUUCCUAGAUUCCUACGGCAAUAAAGUUACAUAAACUGGGCUGCCAACCACGAGCUCAAGAAGGGAGAGGUUUAAGAGCAAGGAGCGAGCCCGGAACAAGGUUUCCGGGAGGAGACAGCAAAUCCGCUCCCAACCCCACUGAUACUCGCAGUGCACACCCAGUGCCCGAGACCUAUCCCCACGGGGAACCUCCCCGUCCCUGCCGGCGAGAUCGGGGCAGGGCCUUGCUGCCGAGCAUCCCGGAUCGCACAGGGCAGGACCGUCGCCCCGACCGCGGAGCCGCAGCUCCGGAAGGUCCCCGCGGAGCCCUUGCUGCCGGCUGGUCCCAGCGCUCAGAUCGCCGCUUCGCCCGCUGCUCGCCUGCCCCGCGCAGUGCGCGCACGCUUUAUAGAAAGUCUCUUCUCGGGGGCGGGGGGCCGGUGAAGUCCCUCGCUCCCCGUAACGUCGCUUCGCCGCCGCCUUCUGCGUCUCUUCCCCGGCCAAGUCCGUGUUUUGUUGACAGCUCUGUGGGCACAAAAUGGGGCUGCUGCCGCUUCCAUGGGCGCCGCCAUUUUGUGAGGAGCCGCGGUUGUAGCUGUAGCCGCAGCCUCAGUAGCGGCGGCAACGGCAGCCCAGGCGUGUUGGAACGGCGGCGGGGGUCUGUGUAAUGGUUGAAUACAGUGACCCCCUCUAGGGAAUCCCCAGCUGACAGUUACGUAAGGGACCGUGCGCAAUUGCUGUGCUUAACACGGAAACCCACCUAACCUUGCUACGCAAUUUGACUAUCCUUCCCUCUGCACCCCCCCCCCCACCCCCCGACUGCAUACAGGCUAGAAAAAUGAUUCACCUCUGCCAAGUCUCCCUCACUUAGGGAGACCCACCCACCUCUGAGUUCAGAAGCAUUUAAAAGCAUGUUUAAAACUGUCUCCCGCUCGUGAGAAAGGCUUUUGCUGUGUAUGUUUCAAGAGAUAUCUAGAUCCCCAAUUCCUUAUUUUGUUUUAAAUUUCUCAUUCUUACUAUCUCAGUUUUAGCAGCCUCGCAUAUACUACUGUUGAAAUAGCAAAACCCCUCAUUAUCAUAGGGGUGCUGAUCUCAAGGUUCUUCGGGACUAAAUUGAAUGAAGGACAUUUUAAAAAUAAGGCUGAGUGAUACUCUAUACAUUUUUCACACAGAAACACACAACAAAAUCCUCCAUCCAGAGAGGGAGAGGCUUGAAAUACUGCCUGAGAGUUAAUUCCAAACGGAGGGAUUUCUGCCUCCCCCUCUCCACAAUGAGUGUGACCUAGAGGGCAACUCCUUCCGAACAUCUUACUAUAUCUCUGUCUCUGUGGGUAUAUUCAAGCUGAAAGAGCAGUCAAGUUAAAAGAAAAAAAAAUCUUACAUGAAAAAAAUGUUUUAUUCCCUUAAGUAAGUUAGUACAGGGAGUAUAAGGGCAUUAUAGUUUUCCUUGAAGUGCUCACUUGAGGCCAUAAUGUGCCAUCGAUUUUAAAACAGACCUUCUUACUGACUUUAAUGAGGAAUUCUUCUUAAAAACUGCUGAAUAUGGGCUUGGAUUUAAAUUUAUUGUAUAUGAGAAAGAAAUGCGCCUCUGGAGUCUUAUAAAGUGGAACAAGUGCUCACCUCAAGUUCUGUUUACCCUAUGAGAAGGAUAAGUGCCCACCUGGAUUAUCACUUACUGGUCUAUAAAUGAGGGAUGAGUUUUAGGGAGGACUCACCUGGGAUCCCAUUUACUGUCUGACCCCAUUCUCCCCCACCCCCAUUUACUUUAAUGGGAGCAGGAUGGUGGCCUUGCUGAAAAACUAUAAAAGCAUUCACUUGGGUUCACACAUACUGUAUGAAGGACAAGAGCUUACCUGGAGUCUCAUUUACUGUAUGCCAGGGGACACGUGGUGGCCUAGACACUGGGCCUCAUUAUAAGAAAGGUCCUGUUCAAUGUAUAUGAGAGACAAGUUUUCCCCCCUAAGAAUUGUAUGAGGACCAAUAUUAGAGAGAAGCAUACAGGUGGAAAUCCCAUUAACUGCUCACAGGCAUAUAUGUGACUUUGUCUGGGGUGUAGAAUUAGAAAAAAAUGUUUAAUUACAAAGAAUAUCACUUCUUAACCAGAAAGAAAAUAUUCACCUAGCAAGACAAUUCACUCCCCUAGAGACAUACCUGCCUAAGGUAUCACUCAUUUAAGAAAGGGAUCAGACUUCCUUUUUGGGAAGAUUUUACAAUAUUUAACCUCUUAAAAUGUGUUUGGGGGCCUUUCAAUGAAGUAUGUAAAAUCCCCCUCAUCAUUCAAAAUGCCUUGGAGUUUGACACCCAAAAGUUUGGUUUUAAGUCAUAAUCUUCCCGUGCCCCCUUCAUUUUGUUAACUCAGUACAUUUGAUUUAGGCCAAUGUAAUACAGAGAUUUCAAAUCAGACUUUCCUGUCUCCUUGUUUCUCCCUCGAAUAAGUCACUGGAAUGAUUCGUCCCUUUAAAGCCCGGGAAGAAGGGCACAUUUCCCCUACCCCUAACGCUAGAACAACCGGUAGUAGCCGUUUUUUCCCUUCCCUCUUCUCCUUCUCCCUUUUCUCUUUCCGCCUGGCUUUGUGUGAAGUUUGCGGCACAUUGCAGAUGAGCCCUUAGCGGCGAGAGGAGCCUAUUGUUCCCCGCCAGGAACUGCUUGCAGGGGCUGUGCUGGCUUUUGCCUUUCGAGCUGCCUUUUGCAGUACCUGGGCCGGCCUCUGGGGUUCGCUGUGUUGCGCUCUCGCCCAGGCAGCCGCACGGCGGCCUCAGAUCUUUUUGUCUGAGAGAGAAGAGAAGUGAAUCCCGCUGCCGCCGCCGCCGCCGCUGCUGUAGCUGUACAGUGUGUGUGUGUGUGUGUGUGAGAGAGAGAGAGAGAGAGGGAGAUUGCAUGGAGCCGCGUCUGUAACACACACACACUGUCAAUACCUCACUCCAGCUCCCCCCGCCCCACCACAACACUAACCCAAUUCAUUGUGUGAUCCAGCAGCACCAUGUUGAGUCUCAUGUGCAGGCUGGAUCGGUUGGGUUUGUGGUGCUGAGACAGGCAGCAGCAGGAAUUACUGAGAGGUGCCCCUCUCCCUCCCUGUGUGUCUCUGCCCGUGUGUUGUGUGGAGACGGGACUCGCAAUUACCACGCUCUCGGGGGCUCCCUUAUUCCUUUUAAACUUUUUUUUUAAACAAGCCCCUCUCCAUGGCUGAUCCCCGGCCGAGCACGGGCACCUGGGUCUCGUAAAGACAAGGAGGAGCCGGGGAUUGUUGUUGUUUUUUUUUAAUUGGAUUUUUUUAAAGAAAAUCUUUUUUAAUACAAAAAAUGGCAAAUUCGACGGGUAAAACCCAACCAGACCAGCGGAGAAAGGGACUCGCUUUCCUGGACGAGCUGCGGCAGUUUCACCACAGCAGAGGGUCUCCUUUUAAGAAGAUCCCUGUGGUGGGUGGGAAGGAGCUGGAUCUUCACGCUCUCUACACCAGAGUCACCACUUUAGGCGGAUUUGGGAAGGUAUCUGAGAAGAAUCAGUGGGGAGAAAUUGUAGAGGAGUUUAACUUUCCCAGAAGUUGUUCUAACGCUGCCUUCGCUUUAAAACAGUAUUACUUGCGCUAUCUAGAAAAGUACGAGAAAGUACAUCAUUUUGGGGAGGAUGAUGAUGAGGUACAACCAGGCAAUCCAAAGCCACAACUUCCUAUAGGUGCAAUUCCAUCUUCCUACAAUUACCAGCAACACAGUGUGUCAGAUUAUCUUCGUCAAAGCUAUGGGCUGUCUAUGGACUUUAAUUCGCCGAAUGACUAUAAUAAAUUGGUGCUUUCACUGUUAUCUGGACUCCCAAAUGAAGUGGACUUUGCUAUUAAUGUGUGCACUCUUCUGUCAAAUGAAAGCAAGCAUGUCAUGCAGCUUGAAAAGGACCCUAAAAUCAUCACUCUAUUGCUCGCUAAUGCUGGGGUGUUUGAUGACACUUUAGGAUCAUUUUCUACUGUAUUUGGAGACGAAUGGAAGGAGAAAACUGAUAGAGAUUUUGUUAAGUUUUGGAAGGAUAUUGUCGAGGAUAAUGAAGUACGUGACCUCAUUUCUGACAGAAAUAAAUCUCAAGAUGUUCCAUCAGAAGAAUGGAUAUGGGAAUCCUUAUUUCAUCCACCUCGCAAGUUGGGCAUUAAUGAUAUUGAAGGGCAGCGGGUACUUCAGAUUGCAGUGAUAUUACGAAAUCUUUCUUUUGAGGAGGGAAACGUUAAACUUUUGGCAGCUAAUCGUACCUGUCUUCGGUUCCUGCUACUCUCUGCUCAUAGUCAUUUUAUUUCUCUAAGACAAUUGGGGCUUGACACACUAGGAAAUAUUGCAGCAGAGCUUCUGUUGGACCCUGUUGAUUUCAAAACUACUCAUCUAAUGUUUCACACUGUUACAAAAUGCCUAAUGGCAAGGGAUAGAUUCUUAAAAAUGAGAGGCAUGGAAAUCUUGGGGAAUCUUUGUAAAGCUGAAGAUAAUGGUGUAUUAAUUUGUGAAUAUGUGGAUCAAGAAUCCUACAAAGAGAUAAUAUGUCAUCUCACUUUACCAGAUGUGCUGCUUGUAAUCUCAGCACUCGAAGUGCUAUACAUGCUCACAGAAAUGGGAGAAGUGGCCUGCACAAAGAUUGCUAAAGUAGACAAGAGCAUAGAUACAUUAGUAUGUCUGGUUUCUAUGGACAUCCAGAUGUUUGGACCUGAUGCACUUACUGCUGUAAAACUCAUUGAACAUCAGAGCUCCAACCAUCAAGUAUCUGAAAUCAGGCCACAGGCGGUGGAGCAUGUUUCCUCACAGGCCCAUGCAACAGCUGUCCCAGCAUCAAGAGCAGCACAGCAUGUUGCUCCACCACCAGGAAUAGUAGAAAUAGACAGUGAGAAAUUUGCAUGCCAGUGGUUGAAUGCACAUUUUGAGGUGAAUUCAGAUUGCUCAGUCUCUCGAGCGGAAAUGUACUCUGAAUACCUCUCAACCUGCAGUAAAUUAGCUCGAGGUGGAAUCCUAACAUCAACUGGAUUUUAUAAAUGUCUUCGAACUGUCUUUCCAAAUCACACAGUGAAGAGAGUAGAGGAUCCAAAUAACAACGGGCAGGCACAUAUACACGUAGUAGGAGUUAAAAGGAGAGCUAUACCACUUCCCAUUCAGAUGUACUAUCAGCAACAACCAACUUCUGCUACCCCUGUCGUCCGGGUUGAUUCUAUUCCUGAUGUAUCUCCGUCUCCUUCACCAGCAGGAAUCCCACAUGGACCACAAAGUGUAGGAAACCAUUUUCAGAGGACCCCAGUUAACAACCAGUCUUCAAAUCUGACAGCAACACAGAUGUCUUUUCCAAUUCAAGGUGUUCACACUGUGGCACAGACUGUUUCUAGAAUUCCACAAAAUCCUUCAGUUCACACACAGCAACAACAAAACGCUACCGUGACUGUCAUUCAGAAUAAAACUCCAAUUUCCUGUGAGGUAGUCAAGGCCACAGUAAUACAGAGCUCGGUUUCCCAAUCUGCAGUUCCUGUUACUAUUGCUGUAGGUGGAGCAGCACAAGCUUCUAAUCAAAAUCACAGCAGUGCAGGACCACAACCAUCUGUUGCUGUUGUCAGUUCUCAGACAUUGCUUCACCACCAACCUGUAAUUCAACAACAGUCUCCACUACAUGCAGUGGUACCAGGACAGAUACCUUCAGGCACUCCUGUUACGGUAAUUCAACAAGCUGUACCUCAGGGUCAUAUAUUUGGCAGAGUACAGAACCUACCAGCAUGCACUUCAGCAGUUUCACAGGGUCAACAGUUAAUCACUACAUCGUCACAACCUUUGCAAACUUCAUCUCAGCAGCCCUCUGCUGGUAACCAGCAACAAGACACAGUCAUCAUAGCACCCCAACAAUAUGUCACAACCUCUGCAUCCAAUAUUGUUUCUGCCACUACAGUACAGAAUUUCCAAGUUGCAGCUGGGCAGGUGGUUACUAUUGCUGGUGUCCAAAAUCCACAAACUUCUAGGGUAGGGUUUCAGAAUAUUGCUCCAAAGCCUCUACCUUCUCAGCAAGUCCCACCUACAGUGGUACAGCAACCCAUGCAGCAGCAGCCGCCACCAUCCCAACAAAGUGUAGUGAUUGUAAGCCAGCCAGCUCAGCAAGGUCAAACUUAUGCACCAGCCAUUCACCAAAUUGUGCUAACUAAUCCAGCUUCUCUUCCAACUGGGCAAACUGUCCAGUUGACUGGACAACCAAACAUAACUCCAUCUUCCUCACCGUCUCCUGGACCAGUUACAAAUAACCAGGUUCCUACAGUAAUGUCAUCUCCAUCUACUACUCAGUCACAAGGACCCCCUCCUACUGUCAGCCAGAUGCUUUCCGUGAAGAGGCAGCAACAGCAGCAACAUUCACCCGCGCCAUCACAACAACAGGUACAAGUACAAGUCCAGCAACAACAACCGGUACAAAUGCAAGUUCAGCCACAGCAAGCUAAUGCAGGAGUUGGUCAGCCUUCGUCUGGAGAAUCUAGUCUGAUAAAACAGCUGCUUCUUCCAAAACGAGGCCCUUCAACUCCUGGUGGUAAGCUUAUACUCCCAGCUCCACAGAUUCCUCCACCUAACAACGCAAGAGCCCCUAGCCCUCAGGUGGUUUAUCAGGUGGCCAAUAACCAAGCACCAAGUUUUGGAGUUCAAGGACAGUCUCCAGCUCAGCAGCUAUUAGUUGGACAGCAAAAUGUUCAGCUGGUCCAGAGCGCAAUCCAGCCCCAAGGGGCAGUACAAACAGUACCCAUUUCUAAUCUACAAAUAUUGCCAGGCCAGUUGAUCUCAAAUAGCCCAGCAACCAUUUUCCAAGGGACUUCUGGCAACCAGGUUACCAUAACAGUUGUGCCAAAUACUAGUUUUGCUACUGCAACUGUGAGUCAGGGAAAUACAACUCAGCUCAUUGCUCCAGCAGGAAUCUCAAUGAGUGGAACACAGACAGGAGUUGGGCUUCAGGUGCAAACACUUCCAACUACUCAAGCACCUCCAGCUGGACAAUCACCAUGUGCUGCUGCUCCUCCAUUCAAAGGUGAUAAAAUAAUUUGCCAAAAGGAAGAAGAAGCAAAGGAAGCAACAGGUUUACACGUUCAUGAACGUAAAAUUGAAGUUAUGGAAAAUCCCUCUUGCCGAAGAGGAGCUGCGAACACCAGUAAUGGGGAUGCAAAGGAAAAUGAUAUGCAGGUGGGAAGUCUUUUAAAUGGGAGAAAGUAUAAUGACUCCAGUCUACCUCCUUCUAACUCAGGGAAAACUCAAAAUGAGGCCAAUCAGUGCUCGCAAGUCAGUAACGGGCCAUCAUUAGAAUUGGGUGAGAAUGGAGCUCCUGGAAAGCAGAACUUUGAACAAAUGGACACACAGGAAAUUAAAAGUGAUUUGAAGAAGCCCCUAGUUAAUGGAAUCUGUGAUUUUGAUAAAGGAGAUGGUUCUCAUUUGAGCAAAAACAUUCCAAAUCACAAAACUUCCAAUCAUGUAGGAAAUGGUGAGAUCUCUCCAGUGGAACAAGGGAAUUCAGAUGUCAUGCAGCAAGAGACUGCCAAAGGUGAUCAAGGGGAAAGGAUUUCUAAUGGACCUGUAUUAACUUUCAGUAGUUCACCUGUUGUAAGCGGUACACAGGAAGCUGCAAAACUGUUAACCCAGCAACUUAGUGGUACCAACACUGAUUUACCUAAUGGACCUUUAGCUUCAAGUUUGAAUUCAGAUGUGCCUCAGCAACGCCCAAGUGUAGUUGUCUCACCACAAUCUACAGCCUCUGUUAUACAGGGGCAUCAAAUCAUAGCAGUUCCACACUCAGGACCUAGAGUGUCCCAGUCUACCCUGUCAUCUGAAGUUCGGUCUACUAAUGGCACAGCAGAAUGCAAAACUGUAAAGAGGCCAGCGGAGGAUAAUGAUAGGGAAACUGUUCCAGGAAUUCCAAAUAAAGUAGGAGUUAGAAUUGUUACAAUCAGUGACCCCAACAAUGCAGGUUGCAGUGCAACUAUGGUUGCUGUGCCAGCUGGAGCGGAUCCAAGCACUGUAGCUAAAGUAGCAAUAGAAAGCGCUGUUCAGCAAAAGCAGCAGCAUCCAGCAACAUAUAUACAAAGCAUGGUCACACAGAGCACACCUGUGACACCAGUACCAACAGUGCAAGUACAGGGCCAGCAGAUCAAUUUGCAGCCUUCUUCAUAUCCAACACCAAGUCAACAUGGCGAG